CGAUUAGACAGCUAGCUUUAUAUCAUCUCCAUAGAUAAGUAUAACAAAGUGGCUUAGAAGAGACGUAACGGACUUGGAAAUAUCAAAUGGAGGCGGCUCUGUUCCUGAUCAUUUGCUUCAUAUUAUCAUUCAUUCUCCUAGCCGCCGCCGUCAGAUCCCAACGGAGAUCCACCGCACUGCCUCCGGGACCUCCGGGAUGGCCUAUCAUUGGAAACAUUUUUCAAAUCGGAAAGGCUCCACAUCGCUCACUUGCCGACCUCUCGAGAAUUUAUGGCUCAGUCAUGAGUCUUAGAUUUGGAAGUUUAACCACAGUGAUAAUUUCCUCACCAGAGGCUGCAAGAGAGGUGCUUAAAACACAUGACCAAGUCCUGUCUGGACGAAUCAUCCUUGACCCCAUUCGUUCUAUCGACCACCAAGAUGUCUCCAUGGCCUGGCUACCUUCGACAUCCCCUCGUUGGAGGUUAUGGAGGAAGAUAUCGGCGACUCACAUGUUCUCCCUGCAGUGUCUCGACGCCACCAAGUCGGUGCGUAUGAAGAAAGUGAAUGAACUUGUAACCUUUAUGAGGGAAAUAUGCGAAAGAGGAGAGUCUGUCGACAUUGCUCGUGCCUCCUUCGUCACAUCACUCAAUAUAAUCUCAAACACUUUCUUUUCGACCGACUUGGGUAGUUAUGACCCAAGAACCUCCAUGGAACUCCAAGAAUCGGUGGUUCGUAUAAUGGAAACCAUCGGGAAACCAAACCUAGCCAACUACUUUCCGCUUAUAGGGUUUCUUGAUAUGCAAGGUAUCCGGAAAGAGAUGAAGGUAUGCUCAGAUAUAUUGUUUACGGUUUUUCAAGGGUUCAUCGAUGCUCGGAAGAAUGAGAAAUCAUCUCAGAAUGAAAUCGAUCUCUUGGAUUCGCUUAUGAAUUUAGUCAAAGAAAAUGGAUCCGAGCUCAACGUGAACGAUAUCAAACACUUUCUCUACGACAUGUUUCUUGGAGGGACUGAUACGAACUCCACCGUGGUGGAAUGGGCAAUGGCUGAGCUACUUCGCAACCCUAAGACAAUGGCUAAAGCUCAAGCCGAGAUGGACGAUGUGGUAGGUCCAAAUGGUGUUGUUCAGGAGUCAGACAUCUCUGAUCUUCCAUAUUUACAAGCAGUAGUGAAAGAGACUCUACGUUUGCACCCACCGGGUCCACUUUUAGCCCCACACAAAGCCGAGACAAAUGUAGAGGUUUUGGGGUUUCUCGUGCCUAAGAAUGCUCAAGUCUUGGUUAACGUUUGGUAUAUAGGACGAGACUCAAGCAUUUGGGAAAACGCAGAGCGGUUUGAGCCAGAGAGAUUUUUGUCAGGACGAGAAAUUGAUGUGAAAGGUAGAGAUUUUGAGCUGAUACCGUUUGGGGCUGGACGAAGAAUAUGCCCUGGAAUGUCUGUAGCUAUGAAGACAGUACCUCUCAUUCUUGCUUCUCUUCUUCAUUCUUUUCAUUGGAAGCUUCAAAACGGUGUCCUUCCUGAGGGUUUGGACAUGGACGAGAGCUUUGGUCUUACUUUGCAUAAGACCAAUCCACUUUAUGCAGUCCCCGUCAAGAAACGUGCGAAUGGUUAGUCUUAUGUAAUUUAUAUUCGCAGUAUAAAGAAAAUAAAUAAAACUACCACUCUUGUAUAGUAAAUCUUGGUUUCUUUUGUACCCUAAAUAACGAGAUAUUUUGAUUUCAAAUGUGUGAAUAAACUACUAGCAAAUUGUUAGAGCAA